GCACAGUUCGACAAAAGAACGUUUACUUCUUUAGUGAAUAAAAGUUUUAGAAAUAGCAGCAUCUCUAUCAACAUCUCUUCAUUUUCAAAAUCGUCAUGCAUUCCGGCCCAAACAUGUAUUAUGUGGGUAACAUUCCCAAAAAAGCAUCGGAUAAGGAAGUGCUAGGAGCCCUGGCCAACUACGGUAAUGUAGCUAGCUUUGAAUUCCGGCUGGAGCAGUGCACCUAUUGCCCUACUAAAGUGGCCUACGUUGGCUUAAAAGAACAACUAACUGAAGAGCAGGUUGUGGAAUUGAAUCGUAUAAAACUUCUCGACAAGCGCUUACUUGUGGCAAGCGCGAAUGAAGAACCAGUGUUCUCUCCGCAGAUGUCAGUCGUGAUACGGUAUCUCAAUGAACACAUAACGGAGGAGGAUAUUUACGAUUUCUGCAGAGGUUUUGCUUCUGACAUAGUUGUGCAGAAACCAGCCCGAUCAUAUGCGUACGUACAGUUUAAGCAACAUGAACAUGUUAACUAUAUGUGCUCAAUGACACGGCCGAUGGAAGGUGUGGACAUGUAUGUCGUGCCGGUGAAACGGAGAAUAGGUAUGUUCCUGGAGAAACCCAAACCAGUACCGUAUGAAAAUAUCAAGCAAAAAUGCGACAAACUGGGACUAUGCUAUAGCCUGGCAGCAGAGAAUGAAACAACGUUAUUAAUAUCGAAUAUUCCGCGCGACACUGAAGAAGAUGAGUUGUUGGAGUUUUUGGGAAAAUUCGGAAAAAUCGUGGAUUGGGAACUGCAGAAAUCAGCCAGCUGCGUCCUCACGAACAUCGGAUUUGUAACGUAUCAAUAUGCAAAAACCGCCCGCACCGUGUACUUGUGCGGCCCGCUCUGCUUUCAAGGCGUUGGUUUGGAUGUUUAUAAUCACAAGCUGCAGUACAGCUCGGAAAAAACGAUGUCAACCUUCAUCAUUAAACAUACAAGUGUUUAUCUCACAACCGAUGAAAUAUUCGAAGGUUUUUCCAACUGUGGUGUGGUGGAGUUCAUACAACGCUUGGACACGGUAAACUACCACACAAUUGUUCGAAUGGACUCUAAGCAGUCUGUCAAUAAAGCGUUCAAAGUUCGCUUUAUCGGGGGAGAAUGCAUCUUCGUCUGUUGGUACACCGCCAACCAGUAUAACACACCGUUGGAUAUAACUGAGGAAGCGGAUAACGUAAAGCCCAGAAAACGAAUGCAGAAGCAGUUAUUACUGUUGAAAAUUAUCGAAACCGAAGAUCAACGAAAUGCCUGCCUGUUGCCAACACAGCCCAAUCCGAACUACACCAACCCAAACCCAAUUUUCUACCGGUGUGAGGUGCAAGUUUGGAACUUUCCACCAAAUACGGGUUUGGCGCAGUUUCGCGAGCGCUUCAGGAGUUACGGUAUCGUAAUCAAUACGCGAGAAGUUAAAGAAAACGCUGACUCGCCGAUCAGUGUCGUAUACGUGAGCUUCGAGACCAAGCUGGAAGCGAAGCGCGUCUGCAAGCUAAACCAAUCAUUCAUGGGCUUGCAACGAUUGCUCAUUUUGCGGGCGGAUCAAAAUAUCGUUCACUAUCCCCAAGUUUGCGUGAAAGUGAGCAAUCUCACGGACGAGAUUACUUGCGAGGAUAUUCACGAUCGAUUCAGCAUGGUCGACAAGGUGAAGUACGUCUUUCGGCCCAAGGUUGACGAAGCGAUCGUAUGUUUCGUUGACGGUGGCAAAUAUGAAAAAGCGCUUAAGAUUCUGUGCAUAGGUCGUUUCGUGGUGUCGGUGAGUCCUCUGGUUCCUCGAAUGCCCAUUCUGCCCAUGCCCAUGCCGUAUUCUGUGCGCAACUCCAGCAUGGGUGGUAUGGGUGGGUACGUUCCAAUCGCAACACCAAACAUGAUAAACGACUCCGGGAACGGACUUGGCCACAGCGUUCCAUUACCUGUUCCACCACCAGCAGUUUUGGCUGCCCCGGUUCCGGUUCCGCAUCCGAUGGGAAUGCCAGUAGCGCCCAUUUUUCCAGCAGGUGGUUUCUAUUUUGGACCAAUGGGCGUUGACCGAACCAUGAACAUGAGGGGUACUCCAAUAACACCGUUAAUGCGACGUUUAAUGCAGCAAGUGGAAGCUGCACUAUUAAAAUUGAGAAACUUUACUUCUUGGUCAAUGAUGGACCAAUUCAAUUUGGUGCAUGGUAUCAUUUGCCAGUGCCGAGACUAUCCAUCGUUUCUGUCGCUAGAUCAAGAUGAAAAGAUUCGUUACCUAAUAGGAGGUCAAAACGGGUUUAAUUAUGUAAAUCUAUGGACGCUCUGUACAUACCCGGAACAAUUGCUAAUGUUGAGUGUAAUUGGCCGAUAUUACACUGGUGUAACGAACCAGGGCGCUAUACAAUCAUCGGAAAACCCAUCAGAAAUGCAAAAUCAAAUACAAACUGCAACGGAUGCUGCUUCAGCAGAGACUCCAAAUCUACGAGAGAUUACAACGGAUUCACCACUAGCAACUACCGAUUCUUGUUGGACUAAUGAACCAGAUAUGGAAGAGUUUAAAAAUAAGUCACCAACUGUCGUAAUCGAGGAUUCUGACGACGACAUACCACCGGCGCCGUCUCCUCCGCCCAUUUCGUUCCGUUCGCGGUCGUCUUCCCCUGCUGCUAAACAGAAAUCGCAGAAAGGAUCCAACCGCAACAACAAGCAACCCAAGACAUCUGGCGACCAAUGUGGACGUUUGAUAAUCCACGUUUCCAAUAUACCGAACGCUCUGGACGAUCGGAAUCUAAAGGAUGUUUUCAACAAGUACGGUGUGAUUAAGUUAAUACAGACGCCUAAACAGCGUCCCUCGGCGGUGGUAGCGAACACCAGGACCGUUUUGAUAAUAUUUGCAACGAUGCACCAAGCUACACAAGCAUUGGAAGCAAAUCUAACCAUGCUAAUGGGGCACUUGAUAAAAGUAAGCAGAUACAAAGAGCCCAUCUCACCGCGUCCUGGAUAUGCUAUUUCAGUGACUUGCCCCGAUCAAACAAUCUUUUCGGAAGUAGCCAUCUACGACACCUUCAAAAGCUGCGGUGAUGUGCGGUUCAUAUGGACGCGCAAAGAAAACGGCAAGAAGACUUGUCUGAUCGACUACGUCAAGACUGAAUCGGUGGCAACGGCGCUUAAAAUCACCUACCUACAUAGCGGCGGUCGGUGUCGGGCUGUUGCAAUACAGUGUUAAUACGUUAGACGGUAGGUAAACUAGCCACCGGUAGUAGUUUCAAUAAAAAAUGUGUAAAUCCGUAACAUAAGGUAAUUGCUUGCCCUGCGAAAGAACGUCCUGAUAUCCUGACAGGAUGUCGUCAUCUGUUUAUUUUUAAGACCAAAAAAAAAGUUGCCUCGUAGUACUCUGAUGGUAACCUACACCUGAAACUGAAUAACGAGUUUCUAAAACAAAGAUAAUCGUCUGAAAAUUUAACGAACAGCUCAACCCUAACCAGUGGACAAACAGGACAAAAACAACAAAAGUUACUACGACAGACGAGGUUGAUUGAAUCAUCAAGCAAUUCAAUUCAAUUCAAUUCAAGCUAAGAAUUUAUUACUCUAAGGUAAACUUAAGGAUAAAAAGUGGAAAUAGCAAUAGGAUGAUAAUAGCUGCUGC